AUGAUGCAAUUCAUUAUAUUAAGUUUAUCCUUAGUAGAAAUAAUAAAGGCCGCCUUCACUCUAUAGACUUGCAGUUCGAUUACAAAUGCAACUCUUUGCAAGAUGGCAGGAAAUUGCUAAGUCAGUAGUUAUUCUCCAGUCACUUGCCAAACCAUUACAGAUUGUUAUAGAGUUAGCGAAGUCUAAGCAUGCUUAUUAUCACCAGCAGCCAAUACAAUAGCUAAUUGUAUAGCUUUUAACAUCGAUUAUAAAUAUGAAAAUAUUUGUGUGAAGACAGCAGAAACCAGUGUUCCAAAUGGACUUUUACGAUUUAGAAGGUAAGCAAACAUAACUAGAUCACCAGAUAUCACAUUAUCAGAGACCCCUGUUUCAGUUUUGACAACAACAACCACACCAUAAAAAUACACUUAUUAAUUAUUUACAUUAGACAUUCUUUUAGCAUCACCGACUUAGUUGACUGCAAUAUUAGAUGCCUUCAAUCACGGAUACAACUAAUUGAUUACAGAUGCAGUAUAACCAAAGUUCUUGGAAAAGGCUGUGAUUGAGACCUUUUAGAGCAUCAGGGAUGAUAUUACAUACACACUGGCUACAAGAUCUGCUUAGUUAUCUAAGGCUUGGGAUUUAGUGAACAUUCUCUUCUAGAGAUAUUGGAGCUACAAAGCAUACUAUGUUUAAAACUAUGAUUUCAUAAAUUUUGGAUUUUCAGAUUUAAAUAGAUAAAAACUUGUAAUAACUACUAAGACCUACGAAAUUGAAUUCACAUGGGCAACAUAUGCUAAUAAUGGAUACAUAUAUGUGAUGACAUUGGCUCCAGAAUAAUUUGGAAUUAUUAGUGUAAAACAAUUGUCUGACUUAAUUUGGAUCAAAAUAGUUAAGGAUGACGGUACAGACCAAACAACUACAGAUGUUCCCGUAAGUAUUAAAUACACUUGGGUGAAUACGGCUACUUACACAGCAGUCUAUACUUAAUCAUUUGACAAAUUAUUUGCAGCUGCUUUUGCGCCAAUUGCAAAUGUUGCAGUUCCAGUCACUUGUGCAUAUGUUGUUACUACAGUCACUACAUGCCCAACUUUUCCAGUUCCAGCUGCAUCAAUAGAUAAAUUGAUGAUAUUCCAUCAUGAUACUAUUUCCAACUGUGCAACAAUCGCAUCUACAGAACCAUAUAAGAGACUAUCAAAAUGUUGA